UACUAAGUUUUUAGCAGAAAAAAUAGCUUCUUUAUUUUCGGAAAACAUACCAAAUAUCUGGAUUUUAGGUAUAAAAUAUGAUUUUGGAAAACAAAAAUAGAAAAACAUAGCUAAAUAUGCAUGUUAAAUAACAGAAACUAAUAGAAAAUUGUAUAUGUUAUUAUCGAUCGAACCUUAAAUAUAGCCAGAAUUAGUACAAAAGAGCUAAAAUGGCAACACUUCUUCGAUAGCGAAAUGAAGGAACGAUAUCAAUCGAAAACAGCGCUACAAUAAACGUAACGGAAGAUGAAGGAUAUUCUUUCAUAGUGUAUAAUUAAGUAAUAUUUUAAAAUAUGGAUCAAAUAUCACCAUCGCCUGGUCGGGCUGUAACAGCAUACGCAUCUCAGCUUCUAUCCGAAUCACAAGUAGAACUCCGCAGAUCGCAACGAUUGAUGGAAAAGGAAAGCCGCUUGACAACAAAAGCAGGAUUUUUAAGAAAAGCUGGUUCCCCGCAACUGUUCGAGGAAACAGAUGAGGAAUGGAGUCAACCGCUUUGUCAGCAGAAGCCGCUGCCUCAAAUUGUGCACCAGGAACAACGAGUGGCCGUCAAAAGGCGAUUGAGUUCCAUGUUUGUGAAGGAGGCUGUUCCCCUAAAGCGUCGUAAGCGUCGCCGACCAUCGUCACAAGGGACAAGGAAAAAGCCCCAGAAAAGCAUCAGCCUCUACCAUGAACUACAGAGGAGCCAAUCAGAAGUGGUGAAGUCAGCUUCACAAUAUGAGCUAAGAGACCAUCCCGAGCAGCGUCCUGCCACUUCAGAGCAAAGCUCACUCCAGCUGUUUGAAGAAAUAGAUGCAGAGUGUAGCCAGCUACAUUCCACUCAAGUUGAGCACUUAAAGCCUCCAAUUCGAUCUUUGUAUUCUUCGAUUUACAACGAGGACGACAUCUCUUUAAAGCAGCUGAAGGCCCAGACUCCAACUCAAGGCAAGACAGAACAUCUUUAUCUUUUUAAACAAGAUCAGGGUCCUUGCGCUUCACAGCGUUUUGGAGAAACAGUUGAAGAACAACCUAGAGCUGGAUCUGAACUACCAAUGAAUUGUACUCAUGUGGAGCAGGAUGUUCCCAUAAAGGGACGUAAGGGUCCACCACAAGCCAGAAGCCAGCAACCAGAAGUGAUGCAGGAACAGUGUCCCUCCACUGCAUCACCUAUUGAAGAUAGUCAACUGCAUCUACUGGGAAGAGCAUACAAGGAUUAUAGUCAACGAGCAACGAUUUGCGAGCAACAGGAAGACAAUUCCAAUGUUCCACAAAAAGUUCUUCCUUUAAAGCCGUCUAAGGGGGGAUCCUCAACCCAAGGCAAAAAUAAGAAAUCAUCCACAUUUGAACGAUACGAGUCAGCGCAUCACAAGCAGUCUCGCUCGAAGCUGCCGCCCAAGUAUCCAGCACAUUUUUUACACCAGCUGCCCCCUCUGGGAGCUGGAGACAGGAGCUACAUGCACAUGCGACCCAGAGCGGCUCCAGCUGUCCAGCUGCGUGAAAUGUGCCCCACACCAGAGCUCACUCCCGUGGCAGGGCCGCAGAAAGCAACCGUCCCCGAGCGCUCACUCUCGCCACCCAAUCCUGGCUCGGAGAGCUCUGGCACGGUCUCAUUGAGCGACUCUAUUGGCGAGAUAUUUGGCACCAAGAACAUCAGCUGCAUUCUGAACGUCGAGAGCCCGCGUCAGUAUAUACUCAUCGAGGAUCACCUGCCGGCCAUGGCCAUGAUGUUGAAUGUCGAGUUGGUGCGCCUUCGGGCAGUCCUCGACCUGACACAGCGCCUCACGCACGAGCAGAUACUGAAUUGGCCACUGAAACUGGAGAAGCCAACCAAAGAUUGAUUUUUACUUUAUUUUCAAAUGUUUAGUUUUUCGAUAAUUCUGCUUUUGUGGAGGCACAGGAGUGGGGACAGGACAGGAAAGGUCCAAGUCAGCAAUGGAGAGAGCGCCAUUGGGCCACAAAGAAGUAUCGGGAAGCUUAUAUAGCAAUUUCUUUCUGUAUUCUUUUAAUUGGUAUUUAAUAUGUAUAGUUUUUCUGUUUGUUUUUCCUUUUUUUUUUUUUUUUAUGUUAUGUUAUUUUGCCUUAGACUUUCAGAGUGCACAAUUUUGUUUAAACCUUUUACGUUUGUUUUGUUUUGUUUGUUGUAUAUUUUAAAUUACUAAUUCUAAACGUUAUCUAGACUUUAAUAUACUUCAAUAAUUGGUUUGCCUUCCCAUUCUUCUACUUCUACGACAAUCGGCAGCAGCA